CACGUGUCAAGUAAACCUGUCAUUGCAAGGUGGCUGUGGAUCCUCAAUCAUUGCUUGAUGGGAUCAGCGUCCUUCAUUUUUAUCAUCGUAGCUAUCGACCGGACUUGCAGUCGCAUCAUGGAGGACAACGAAUCCAGGGCUCGCUGGACGGUCGGCUCCAAAAAUUUCGUCCUUUACAACGCUCUGAUAUCGGAUGGCGACGAGGAAGAUUACAAACCCCCCAACUUGACGGCCUGUGCGAUGCUUCUCGACGCGCCUAUAGUCGCAUUGCUCCCACCCAACUUCCUCCCACCACAACCGACUCCGACUCCUCCCACAUUCUAUGUUGCUGAUGCGGGGUUCAAGGGUGCAGGGAUGUUUGCAGCGCGGGAUAUCCCGGCUGGGUCGCUCAUCCUCUGUGACAGACCGAUCGCAGUCGUCCCGUCGGAGGUAUCAGCACCGUGGAAGCGAGAGGCGUUCGAUGCACUGAUUCCGAGGAUAUCUCUCAAGUCUCGGGCCCUGUUACUGGAUCUGGCCAAUUGUAAACCCGUGUCGGAGCAUCCUGUGGUGGAAGGCAUCGCGUUGACGAACGCGUUCGGAAUCACGUUGCCCGUCCCGCCGGAUGCCUCGCCACAGGAGUACGGCGGGGCCUUCCCCAACAUCAGCCGCGCCAACCAUGCCUGCGGGCUCAACACCGCCGUGAAAUGGGAUCUGCAGUCGUUCUCCGUGUCUAUGUACGCCCUGCGCGACGUCCGGGCCGGGGAGGAGAUCUUCAACCAGUACAUCGAUGUCCUCGCACCAAGGGAGGUCCGCCGAGCCCAGCUUGCGCGGUAUGGCUUUGAGUGCACGUGCCGGCACUGCAAUCUCCCCGAUGAAGCGGCCGUAUCUCGCAGCGACGCGGCCCGGGCGGAACUGCGCGACUGGCGAUCUCUUCACCCGCGCUAUCUUCCCUGGUCGACGGACAUGUGCCGCGAGGACGACGUUGUGAUCGUCUCGAACUUGCGGGCGCUCGAGCUGAUCGAGCAGGAAGGGCUGCAUGGAAUGCAAGUUCCCUUCAUAGAAGAGAUUGCCAUGUCCUACGCUCUGCUCGACGACGAGAGCAACUUUCGCAUCUGGGCUCGCAAAGUCGUGGUGCUUUGUGCUGGUCAAGACCCUGAGCGUGCUCAGAAGUUCUCAAGAUGGCUGGAGAAUCCCAAGUCGUUCAAACAGUGGGGAUGGCGGGCGAAACAGCGAGCUUUACUCGGGAAACGAUCAGAAAACGACACUGAGGAAGCUGACAUGUCUAUCCCAUGGUAGCGAUUGCAGGGAACAACGUGUAGUCGAAAUUAUCCAGACCACCAUCCAGCAUAGCGGAGAGAUCCUGCGUGGUCAUCUCCAUGCGCGAGGCAAAGACUUUGAAACCGGCCGAGUCGUUCCCCUCCAAGACCCGGAUGUAGUCCAUCGCCUUGACCAUGAUCUUGGCUUUCUCGACGGGAUCGUGGUUUCGUCGAAUGAGCUUCAGAGACGAGACCAUCAGGACAGAGGCGGCCUCGUCCAAUCCUUCGUCCUCCGCCCACUGGAUCAAUUCUUUCAACCGGGCCAUCUCCUCAGGCUUCGAUCGACCCCGCAUUCCUUCGAAGUACUGCGCAAUCGCACUGCGUUUAUCGUCGCUUUGUGCAGAAGCGGCAGAGCACGUGGCACAAGUGCACUGGAAGCGGUACUUCUCCAGCAGCCUCGCUUGCCGCUCUUUCCGGCUGGCGGCCAGCUCGGUAUACCCGAUGGUGAUUUCCUCCCCCGCAGAGAUGGUGCGCAGCGCCACA